AAUCUCCAUACAACAAACAGAUAUAGUCUCUGGAAACCCCAGAAACCCUAAUCUCGCCGCGCCAUUUGACAUCGCUCGACGGAAGGAGGAGGAAGAGAGAGGGGAAGAGCGAGGCACGGAAGAUGACGACCAGAUUCAAGAAGAAUAGGAAGAAGAGAGGCCAUGUCUCUGCCGGACAUGGAAGAAUAGGCAAACACAGGAAGCAUCCAGGAGGUCGAGGUAACGCUGGUGGUUUGCAUCACCACAGGAUCUUGUUUGACAAAUACCAUCCAGGUUACUUUGGUAAGGUUGGUAUGCGUUACUUCCACAGGCUUCGCAACAAGUUCCACUGCCCUAUCGUCAACAUCGACAAACUCUGGUCUUUGAUUCCACAAGAGGUGAAAGAUAAGGCAUCGCCGGAAAACGCACCAUUGAUCGAUGUUACUCAGUACGGUUUCUUUAAGGUCUUGGGUAAGGGGGUAUUGCCUCCUUCACAGCCUAUCGUUGUCAAGGCGAAGCUUGUGUCCAAGAUUGCAGAGAAGAAGAUCAAGGAGUCUGGAGGAGCCGUCGUUCUGACUGCUUAGGAGGUUACUUCUUCUGCUUGUUAUUGUUGGUUAGGGUAUUUGAAAUUUUGAAUUUUUUUAUCUUCUAAUUUUGGAUUUCUACCAUAGAAACAGAGUAUUAUCGGGGUACUUUACAUUUGGUAUUGUUUUUCAGUUUCAUUUCAGAACUCGUUUAUGUUUCUUUCUAGAUCGUUUGAAUGGUUCGAUGGAUUCAAUUUUGUUCUA